AUGUGACAUGUGACAAAAUCCAAAUCAGAAUGUGUACCGUAUCCCGAAACUUAUUGCGUAUGAACAAACUGUUGAGAGUUUCAUCCUUUUCACGAAGAGUGGUUGAAACUAGACGUUUGAUACACUUAGAAAAAAAAUUGAACACAUACAACGAUCCUGUAAACGAUCGACAGCCGGAAAAGCUGCCGUCGUCAGUCGAGGAGGAGCAUCACAAACAUAACCUCACUGGAAUUGUUCCUCCGAAGUACAAAGUCUUUCGUGACGAAGAUUCGCCAAUCAUUUUCGAUGUGGAUGAAGAACGAGCAAAGAUAUACCUUGAAGACAUUGUUACACCUCAAGAGGAACCCGACAUAUUUGAAGGGCUUAAUUUGAACCAUGGUAUUACUGGAGUCUAUGAACUUGACGACCUGGUGGAUCUCCUCCGCAAAAACAAUGUUAUGGAAUUAUUUGUGGCCGCUGUGCCACCUGAGCUUGCCUACGUCGAUUAUGUUGUUGUAGUAACAGGUAGAUCGUCGAAGCACAUGAAGGCAACGGCGGAAAUAGUUCGUAGAGUUUUCAAGAAGAAAAGGCACUCCACGGAUCCAGUGCCGAGAAUCGAGGGGAAAAACUGCAAAGACUGGAUUGCUAUGGACCUAGGAAACUUAGCGCUGCACAUUUUCUCUCAGCAGGCAAGGAAGGUGUACGACCUCGAAACGUUGUGGGCCGUUGGUUCUAAAUAUGAUGAUCAGUCCAAUAUGCCCAUAGAUGAACCGAUCGGUUUACUGCAAAAGCACUCCUUCUUGGAUGGCUUACAACCAGCUGAGAUCAGCAACUGACUUUAAACAAUGUACAUAAAGCUAGAAAUAAUAUAAUUGAUAAAUUGAUA